UUAGAGAGGCGUGUUUGCGCACGAACGUUAAAAUCGAAUAAAUAGUCGUCUGCAGGAAGACUGAAAGCAGACGUCACAAUACACGACGACGUCGUGGUAUCAUAACACUAGAGCGCGAGCAAGUGUCAAUUUUGAUUAUUGUCAUCGUUCAUCUGAGUAUCGAUAGUUCUGUCAAGAUCGUUUGGAAUUUCCACCGAUGAUCGACAAAUCGCGUAUACGUAUUUCUGUGGGUGCCGUGAGGCGGCGAGAAAGGCCACCUCUUUAAAUUAAAAGAAGGAAUGACGCUGGAGAAUCCGUUCUUUGUCGUCAAGGACGAAGUUUGCAAGGCCUUAAAUAAAAACCGCGGUUUAUACGGGCGCUGGACGGAAUUGCAAGAUGUUAUUGUCACGAGCUCUACCGUGAGUGGGGGAAUCCCAAUCUCACGUGACGAAUUGGAGUGGACUACUACCGAAUUACGAAAAGCCUUACGCUCGAUAGAAUGGGAUCUCGAUGAUCUAGAAGACACGAUCUGUAUUGUAGAAAAAAAUCCGACAAAGUUUAAGAUAGAUAACAAGGAAUUAACGGUUCAACGAAGUUUUAUCGAACAAACGCGAGAAGAAGUUAAGACUAUGAAGGAUAAAAUGAAUUUAAGUAGGGGUCGAGAUCGCGAUAAUACAGCCAGACAGCCACUCUUAGAUAACAGUCCUGCUCGAGUUCCUGUCAAUCAUGGUACAACAAAGUACAGUAAAUUGGAAAAUGAAAUUGAUAGUCCAAAUAGGCAAUUUUUGGGAGACACGUUACAACAACAAAAUGACAUGAUGAGGCAACAAGAUGAACAAUUAGACAUGAUAGGUGAAAGCAUUGGAACGCUUAAAACAGUAUCCAGACAAAUUAAUACUGAAUUAGAUGAACAAGCAGUUAUGCUAGAUGAAUUCGGUAAUGAGCUAGAGGUGACUGAUUCUAAACUUGAUGCAACAAUGAAAAAAAUGGCCAAAGUUCUUCAUAUGAGUAAUGAUCGGAGACAAUGGGUAGCCAUUGGAGUGUUGACCGCUAUAUUGGUGUUUCUAAUAAUUUUAUUUAUAAUUAAGUGAAUCUUAUUUAAUUUCCUAGUUUCCUUAAGAAUUUAUUGGUUCUUCUUCAUAGCAUUUAGACGAAUGUGUUAAAUUCUGUUUUAAUAAUGAAUUAUUAAUAGCGAUAUUCUAUGAUCCAUUAUAAUAAAUAUUUACAGUUAUUACA